AAUAAUUAAACCACCACUUCCUUGUUCCAGCCACACAAUGGAACUGAAUGUGGUGACUCCCCCACCAGCACUCAAAUGAUAAAUAUAUUAGGAGCGGGUUUAUCUGUCUUUGUCAGGACGACCUUAUAAACAGAAAAAGAUGAUGCGGAGGAUGAGUUUAUUCCCGCGCCGGGGCACCUCUCUGGGAAACCUUGGGCUGACAGAAGAGGAGAUCAGAGAGGAGGUGGAGAAUGACGCAUAUGAAUUGGUCUCUGAGUUUGUUAAGCUCCCAACCAGAGCUAGAAUACAGGCCAUACGAUCCCUGCCCAUGAGUUUCAGCGAGAGAAGAAAUAUCAGGAGCAGAGUGAUCUCAGUCAAACUCUCCGAAAAGAACAUCCUCCCUACAUGUUGCACUGACUGCAAUCAGCAAGUCUCUCUGUUUUUCCGCAGGUUUGGUGCAGGCUUGGCCUCAGUCAGACAGCGCUUGGUGAUAUGGCAGAACACCCUGAAGGAGAUCGGGGGCAGGUUCGGCACCUCCGUCCUCUCGUACUUCCAGUUCCUGAAAUGGUUGCUCAUGUUCAACAUCAUCUCCCUCCUCAUCAAUUUCUGCUUCAUCACAGUUCCCCAAAUUGUGCACUCUCCAAAUAUCACACACCCAAUAAGCUUCAGAGGACUGGAGCUGCUCACAGGAGUGGGUUACUUCAAUCAGACAGUGUUGUUCUAUGGAGGCUAUAAUGGAGAAGUCAUUGAAACACAGCCUUCCUACAACAUGCAGCUGGCUUAUCUCUUCACCAUAGCAGCCUACUUGGUGCUUUGUGGAGUGUCACUUAUCUAUAGCAUGGCCAGGUCCUUUCAGAGGAACUUUGUGUUAGUGGCCGGUCCCGCCUACGGGGGAGCGUGGCGUCUUUUGUGCAGCUGGGAUUUCAGCGUUAUCAACGAGAAAGCCAUCCAGCACAACAAGGACAACCUCUGCAUCCAGCUAAAGGAGUCUUUAUCUGAGCGACUGGAGAGGAAAGCUGUAGUGUCAAUAUCAGCUAAGCUCCAGCAGAUCUCUCUGCAGCUCCUGGCCUGGCUGCUGUCUUUAGGGCUUGCCCUGGGCUCCUGCGCAGGCAUCUACUUCCUGGAGUUAAAUCUGGAUGAGUUGAUACCAAGCAUAUCUGAUUCAGGGAAUUUAGAAGAGGAAGGCUCCACGUUGCUCGUGCCUGUUGUAGUGUCUCUUAUCAACCUCGUCAUUCCUCUCAUCUACUCCCUCAUUAAUAAAAUGGAGCACUACACCAACCCUCGUACCAACGUCUACGUCAUCAUCCUGAGAAAUGUCCUGCUAAAGAUGUCCAUCCUGGGAAUUCUUUGUUACUACUGGCUGAGUAAUGUUCCCACUAACUUUUCAUGCUGGGAAUCCUUUGUGGGUCAGAGUGUUUAUCGGCUGCUGGUAGUCGACUUCAUAUUCUGCCUGCUCGGCUCUUUCUUUACAGAAUUCCUGCUCAACGUAAUUGGAACUAAAUGUAUUCAAAGUCUGGGUGUCCCAGAGUUUGACGUUGCUACAAAUGUGCUGAAUCUUAUCUACGCCCAGACACUGGCAUGGAUUGGAAUUUACUUCUCCCCACUCCUUCCCGUCAUUCAAGUGAUUAAGUUGUUUAUUAUCUUUUACCUGAAAAAGGUCAGCCUGAGCAUGAACUGCCAGCCGCCCAAGCGCACGGGCAGGGCAGCCCAGAUGCAGACCGUGUACAUCGCUCUCCUCUUCUUCCCCUCAUUCGUAGGGGCGCUGUCCAUGGUGGCCUACACAGUGUGGAGUCUGAAGCCUUCUGAGCAGUGUGGGCCAUUCCAGAACCUCAGCACGCCCUUCCAAGUCGUUCACGAUUGGAUGAAAAACGUCCAGCAUAUUCCAGGAUCAGAAUGGGCCUGGUGGAUAUUCGAGCAUGUGCUGAGAAGCGAGCUAUUCUUCUACCUCAUCACUCUCAUCGUCCUCGUUUUUACUUAUUUUGUCUGGCAAGUCACCCAAGGCCGGAAGCAGCUCAUCAAGACUCUCCGAGAACAGAUUGUCAAUGAGGGAAAGGACAAGGCCUUCCUGCUGAAUAGAUUACAGAACGUCCAGAAACAGAAAAGAGAUGCCAUGACCUUCAAGCCCCAGGAAAACGUGGAAACGACAUACUUCAACCAAAACUGGAUGAACACGUUCCCACUGGAUAUGUGAGACACUGUAUUGAGGUUUUGCCAUAUUAGUACUGUAAAAAUGUGAAUGUGGACGCUCAUCAUUUGCGGAAGAGCGCCAUCACUUGGACAUUUGGCUGCAGAACAGGUGCGCAGCAUCCCGGUGGGAUGAAGCACUGCCCUGUGAAAGCAUAUCCGAUUCAACUCUUCAAGUAAAUCCAGGAUCCAGGAGGUGGCGCUGCUUCCUUUCAGAGCAGCAGCCAGCAGCCCACCACUAAACCAGGCACACUUAAGGCUUUUUAAUGUCAUGCAAAGCUUUUCUUUAGGUCUGUUUUACCUUCUAUACGUGAGGAUUCAGUGAUCAGUACAUUUGUAGCACAAAUUUUUAAACAGAAAUUCUAAAACAUACACAAAUGAAACUUAUUUAAAUGAUACUGUACUUUUAUUGUGAAAAAGUUGUUGCUUUCAUACACUAAGAACUGUACAAUCAAUAAUUUAAAAACACAUGUUCGGUUUGUUGUUUCAAGAACACUUGAUUAUUCCUUAUUUAAGUUACUCAGCAGCUUUUAGCUUAAACCAAAGGAAACAAAAAUAUAGUGUUUACAAUUGUA